UGGAUUGGCGUCUAGCCGGCACAACGUGGGCAAAUAAUAAAAUAAUUCGUUGGUGCGUGCGUGAAAAAAUCGGUCAGCAGACGGUCCACAAAAUACAUAAUUCUAUUACUGAAGAAGUGUGUAAUUCGAAAAAAUAUGCCUUACAUUUGUUUGCUACAGGAAGGCAAUGAGAGCCUGUCGCGUCUCAUGAACAGCGCUCAGCAAAACGGCUACGCGGUCAUAGCUGCACCCAUAAAUGCAACUGAAAUACCAUUGGAGUAUCAGGAACCGCCAAUGUGUGAUCGGCAAAGGGACUUCACGUACUCAGACUUGAUCUUCCCAUCAGAUCAAUGGAAUGGGAAAGUGAUAAGUAUUCUGUCGGACACAAUCGACUGUGAUGCUGAGGAUCCAGUAGUGCGUCGCAAUGCAGAGGAAACACUGAAGCGUGAUAUAUCGUGGGCAGAACAUUUACAAUAUGGUGGUUAUACGAUGAUACAACUAAAGUCUGACCGUAAUCUUAAUAUGGCACGCAUUGCUUCAAGUAAUGUGAAGGGGUUACUGCUCGUGCAAGUACCGUUAUAUAAUUCAAAGAUUGCACAGUCUACCUGGCGACGUGACAUUGACAAUGGACAGUUGGAGCGACUCGAACAGCAGGACACUUGGCAUUGGUGGAAUAGCUUUCGAUGGGCGGCCGAUUUUAAUUCAAAAAUAAAGGUGGUACUCGAGUUAAAUGAAAGUGAUCGUCCAUCAUUGGAAGUUGUGCGUCGUUGGAUGGGUGAGCCGGUCGAAGCUAUCAUUGUGCCCUCUACAAUGUUCAUUUGCAAUCGCCAAGAUUACCCAGUGCUACCAAAAGCUUGGCAGGAGAUUUUAUCUUAUUUUAUGCGUGCACGCAUAAAUAUAAUUAUCUCUUCGGAUGUGCAUGACGGCAGCCUGAAACUCUAUGCCGAAUAUAUGAUGCGUUUCCAGGAUAUUAACAGUGACAUGCACGAACUGUUGGCUUUCGAAGAUGUGUUGGAAGAGCCGCUGCAACCAUUGUACGAUAACUUGGAUUGUUACACUUAUGAGGUCUUCGAAAAGGAUCCUGCCAAAUAUAAGCUUUAUCAAGAGGCCAUUGAACAAGCACUUUUGGACCGUGUUGCUGAAAAAGACAAGGAAAAGAAAUUGACCGUUAUAAUGGUGUUAGGGGCAGGUCGAGGUCCACUUGUACGUUCAGCGCUAAAUGCCGCAGAAAACACCGGGCGUAAAGUGCGCGUCUACAUUAUCGAGAAAAAUCCCAACGCUAUACGCACACUGAAUGCUAUUGCUAAAAAAUUGUGGUACAAGAAAGAUGUGCAUAUAUUCUCUAAGGAUAUGCGCGAAUUCUCACCACCUGAACCAGCCGAUAUUCUAGUCUCUGAGCUAUUGGGCUCAUUUGGUGAUAAUGAACUUUCACCAGAAUGCUUGGAUUGUGCACAAAAACUACUAAAAUCCGAUGGCAUAAGCAUUCCCUGCAAGUCUACCUCCUAUAUCAAUCCAAUAAUGUCUUCCAAGCUGCUUAAUGGUGUGCGUCAAGUGCUGCGUCACGAGACAUUUGGUCGGCAAAAGCAGGCCACUUAUCAUACACAUGCAGAGAGUGGCUUUGUUGUGCUACUCAAAAAUAUAUACAAUAUUGGCUUGCCACAAUCUUUGUUCGAAUUUGUACAUCCUAACCCUCAAAGUCCAAUUGAUAAUAGUCGCUAUAAAACAUUGCGCUUCGAAGUGGAAUUGGAUUGUGUGCUUACGGGUAUAGCGGGCUACUUUGAUACGGUGCUUUAUAAGGAUAUUAAGCUGAGCAUUAACCCACAAACGCACACGCCAGGCAUGUUCUCUUGGUUUCCGAUGUACUUUCCGUUCACGGAACCAAUGGACGUAAAAAAAGGUCAAACUAUUGAAAUUCACUUUUGGCGUUGCGUUACAAAACAAAAAAUUUGGUAUGAAUGGUGUUUGGCUGCGCCACUCCGCACCCAUAUACACAAUCAUGGUGGACGCUCGUGUCCCAUCUACUGUACAUAAGCAUAAAGACGUACGUUGCAUACGUUUAUAAAUAUUCUAUACAAAAAUUAGAAAUAUAAAAUUCGUUCACCGAAAAACUUGACAAAUUUAAAAUGAUUAAUAAUUUGCUAAAUUCUGUUAAGGGAUUAAUAAAUAAGUGUCUAUUAUUUCGCUAUGACUUUAAUAAUUGAAUCAGAAACACUUUGUAACCGAUUUCUUUAAGAAUCCGAAAUGUAUGUAUGUUGUAUUAUAAACCAAAUAUUUUUAUAUGAUAUUAAAAACAUUGAAUAGGAAAUGGCUAAUUUUUUCUUAAUAGCAUAAAAGUUACUCUACAAAUUUGGCUGUUUAUAGUGCAAAAAUAAGCUUUUAUUUACAGAUAUUUAUAUAUAUUUUCGUUUUUGAAUUAAUUUAUGUACUUUAUUUUUUGCAUUGUUUUGACUAUAACUUUUUUUAGAAAGCACAAACUUUAGUUCAUGCAGCAUAUUUUAUUAAACAUUUUUACCCCGUUUUUCUAUUGCAUUAUGAAUAAAGCCAAGAUUUUUUCAGAGCUAUUAAUGGAAUAAAAAGUUAUUAAAAACAUCAUUCGACAAUAUCAUAUGCUAGAAAUGUGAAAUAAUAAGACACAAACAUUGUAAAACAAAUGCUUAAUUUCCUCAUUUAAAUUUAAUAAAAAUAAAAUCACACUUAAUGCAAAAAUAA